GACGUCACGCUCGGCUAUAAAAGACGCGGGAGCAAGGCUCCCGCGGCGCUGUCAAGGAGCUCGAGGCUGAGGGUGCUCGGGACCGGGAGACCCGGCCGCCGGGCCGCGGGCUCCUCAGCAAUGUUUUACUCAGGACUCCUCACCGAGGGCGGCCGCAAGGAGACGGACAUGCGGGAAGCGGCGUCCCUGCGGCAGCAGCGCCGGAUGAAGCAGGCGGUGCAAUUCAUCCACAAGGACUCCGCCGACCUGCUCCCCCUGGACGGCCUCAAAAAGCUGGGCUCGUCCAAGGACACGCAACCUCAUAACAUUCUGCAGAGGCGCCUCAUGGAAACCAACCUGUCCAAGCUCCGGAGCAGUCGAGUCCCUUGGGCCUCCAAGACCAACAAAUUCAAUCAGACAAAAUCUGAAGGGCUAAAAAAGUGUGAAGAUGAUGACAUGAUUUUAGUGUCUUGCCAGUGUGCUGGAAAGGAUGUGAAAGCUCUGGUUGACACCGGCUGUCAAUAUAAUCUCAUCUCUUCGGCCUGUGUGGACAGAUUGGGACUAAAGGACCAUGUUAAAUCUCACAAGCAUGAAGGAGAAAAGCUUUCUCUGCCACGGCAUCUCAAAGUAGUAGGCCAGAUUGAGCACCUACUGAUUACAGUGGGCUCUCUCCGUCUGGAUUGCCCAGCAGCUGUGGUUGGCAGGGGACUGAGAGUAGCAUCACUGACAGUGACCAGUGGUCCCCCUUUGUUUCAGUGUAUCAUAAAUUUGGACAAGCACCGGCUGAUCAUUGGGAAGACAGACAAAGAAGAAAUCCCUUUUGUGGAGACAGUGUCUUUGAAUGAAGCCAACACUUCAGAAGCAUAAUUGCAGCCUGGAGAGUGUCUGCAUGUGCACACACCAGGCUGACAGACUGAGAAAACUGGGUUUGAAUGAAAUGCAGUAGCAACUUGCUAUGGACCAAGUCCUUCCCUCCAGUACAUCCUGCAGGGGCUUCUUCCCACUCAGACCUUUCUAGACUAUAGUCUGUGCUUAGAGAUCUUGUCUAGUUAAUGGCUUAAUGGUUAAACAGCCAUUGUUUUUUACUUCUUUGAAUAUUUAAUUUAUAGACCCUUUGGACACUGCCAGGUCUUAUUUGUGGCCUAUUUCUCUGCUUAUUCCAAGAAUUUGCUUUUAUUAGUCCAGUGUAGGGGCUGCCAUGUUUCUCCACAGAUAAAACUUGCUUUUUUAAUAGUAAAAUAUAUAGUAAAUAGGAUUCUCUUUUUAGCUGUUUCAAGGAGUUAUAUAGACAUGUCUUGAAGUUAGAAUCUCUUCCAAUGAAGUAAUUGAUUUUUCCAAUGUGAACUGAUCUGAGAGAUGUCUCAGAGAGAUCAUCUGAUCCAGACAUUUCACUUAAACACACAGACAGUCAAGUGAAUUGUCUAAAUUUACAUAUUAAGUCAGUAGCAGAAGCCAGACAGAAUCUGGCCUGACAUCCAAACCAAGGCUUUUGUGUUGCUUCAUUUUUCCCAAGCCUUACGAGGAAGGCAGCAAGGUUAGAGUGCAAAAAAAAAGGAGGGGUACUGGAUGUGGGUUAGUGGUGGAGUGCUUGCCUAAUGUGCACGAGGUCCUGGGUUCAAUCCAGCGCUAGAGAUAAAGAGAGAUGGCUUGGUGAUUAGGAAUGCUUGCUGCAUAAGCAUGAAGACUGCUAUUUGGACCCCAGUACCCAAAGGCUGGGCACAGUCCUACACACACCUGUGACCCCAGAACUGAGGGGGCUGAUGACAGGAUGACUGAUGGGACUUUCUAGCUGCCAGUCCGACCCAGAGAGGGAGAGAAAGCGAGGAAGAGAGAGGUAGAGCUCUAUCUCCAGAGACCCCGUCUCAAAGGAACAAGGUAGAGAGUGAUAGAGGAAUAGAGGAUACCCAAUGUGAGUGUGCACAGGUGCACAGCUCCACAUACACUUGUACAAAUUCCUGCACACACCCUCUCAUAGACACACCACAGAAGAAAAGGAGAGUUGGGGAGAAACAACAGGCUACAAAGAAAAACAGGGAACUUAACAAGAGAAAAAAGAAACCACAGAGAGGAAGGAAUAUUAGUUCCAGACAUACCAUAGAUAAUCUAAUUGUCACUAUCAGAUACUGAUUACCCCUAAGAACCAGCAAGAAUUUCUGUCUGUCUGGUUACAUGUCACAAUGAUUCAAGUAUCUGGAAAGAGAGGUAAAAAGGAAGAAUAAGAUCCAAAGUGGGGCCAGAAUAGAAGGGAGGAGACUGAGUACACUCAGUCAGUGGGAAAGCCUACCUGGAAAACUUGCCUGGCAUUGAAAUAUAGGGAGUGAAACCUCCAGGCAGGGAAUUGAAGACUGGGAAACCCUCAGUACAAGGAAAGGUGUUAAGAACCAUUAAGAGCUGGGUAUAUUGCAUGCCUCUAAUCCCAGCACUAAGGCAGAGGCAGGCAGAUCUCAGAGUAUGAGACCAGCCUGGUCUACAAAGUGAGUUCCAGACCAGUCAGAGAUAAACAGUCUCAAAAGACAAAUAAACAAAACAGAACAAACUUUAUAACUGCCCAGUAUUUCCUGACCCAUCUCAGUGGAUUGGGGAAAUCAUGGGAUGGUUGUUUGUUUUUUGUUUUUGCUCUUGUGUCAUCUCAGGCAUCUUCAGUUCAGUUACAGAAGCAUUUGACUAAGUCAGAAAACUAACCAACCAUGAGUAUCCCUUCAAGACAUUCCUAAGUCUACCCUUGGCUCAUAGCAGUUCUCAAACUUUGUGUCUUGCCUAGUGUCCCAGCCGUCAGCCUGUCUAUGAGCAGCUCUCCUUAUGUGGAGGAAUGUGCCCCUUCACUGAGGCCUCCCAGCACUUCUGUUUAUCACAGUAUCAGAUCAGCCUGCUUCUCACAGGACAGAGCUGAAGAUGUCGCCCCUUGUGCCUACUUGAGAGUUCUACCCCAGGCCUUGAUGCUUGGCUGCAAGGGAAGCAUACUGCAGACUCCUUCUAGUGUCUUCUUAUUUGGAUUUCCCGAGGACCCAGUGAGGCCAGGAAUUCUCAGGCUCUUGAAAGAUGCAAUUGAUCCUGGCCCUUUUGAGUUCAGCACUGUAUGGCACUAGGAUGAUUAGAUGGCCUCCAGUGUUCCUUCUGGUCUCUGAAAAUCAGUCUGUGAUUCUUUAAUUUGGAAAUAGAAACAGCGGGGGUGAACUGGACUCCAUCUCAUAGUUCACUCAGCUCAUUCAAAUUGUCUGAAUUCUUUAACCAAAUUAUUUUAAUCCCCAGGCAUAAUAGAGACACCUAAAAUGCUUCAAGAUAAUUAUAAGUCUUGAGAUUCAUUAAUACUUGUUUUGUUUUUUUGAGACGGGAUCUCAUUAUGUAUCCUUGGCUGGCCUGGAACUCAGUAUGUAGAUGAGGCUGGCCUAAAACUCAUAUAAAUCCACCUGCCUCUGCCUCCUGUGUUUAAUGCUUUUUAAAUGCUGCCAAAUUAAUUACUCUUAUAGCUUCUGUCUCCCCAAUGUUCACAAGGGGAUACUGGCUCUGCUUUUGGGAGCUAGCAAAGCAAGGAGGUAAAUGAGUUUUCCUAUCAGAAAUUUAGUGUUUCUAAGGGUGUAGGAAAGUGCCUACCACAUCAUAGUUCUGAGUUCCUGGAAAGUGGUCGCAGACCUGUCUCAUUUCUAAAUAGAUGACGCAUCCAAGAAGUUGAAAAACAUUACUUUUGGCAUUUCUUUAUCUAAUUUGAGGAAGGAUUAUUUUCUGACUUUCCCUUUUCCUUGCUCUGCACACAGCCCACUAGUUUGAUUUUCUGUUCCUUAGCUCACAGCAUCUAUAGAUUGGAUUACCUAGCUACCCUUACUCUUGUGUAGUAGAAAUACCUUUUCGGGCUGGGGACAUGGAGGAGAUGAACUGGAUUCCUUCUCCUUCUGUUGCCAGGUCUCUGCAUUAGCACUUUAUCUGCUCAGUGUUUCUGGCUGUACUGGGCUUCUUUGUGACACUGAUAUAUCAAUAAACUGGGACCUUGCCCUCUG